AUGUCUUCCUACACAGCAAUCUCUGUGUUUACCUGUUCUAUUUCUUUAUUUUCUGUAACUUCACCAGCUCCUUCUUUAUAUUCAUACCUGUCCUUAACAUCAUGCGUGGGAGUUUCUUCUUUUGGCACAUCAUCAUCAUUGUUCCCUUUCAAUUUUUUUAACGUUAAUUCCCACGAAAUUCUCUUCAAUUUUUUUUCUAUAUUUUGUCUCCACCAUAUUCGCAUUUUCUCUCCAUUCUCCAUAUUUUUUGUAAAACCGUUCAAAAUAUUACAAGAUCCCCAAACAACUAAACCUGAGCAAGUCCGUGACCAAAAAUGCGAUGUCUUCAUACACAGCAAUCUCUGUGUUUACCUGUUCAUUUCUUUAUUUUCUGUAACUUCACCAGCUCCUUCUUUAUAUUCAUACCUGUCCUUAACGCAUGCGUGGGAGUUCUCUUCUUUUGGCACAUCAUCAUCAUUGUUCCCUUUCAAACUUUUAACCUCCUUCUUUAUAUUCAUACCUGUCCUUAACGCAUGCGUGGGAGUUCUCUUCUUUUGGCACAUCAUCAUCAUUGUUCCUUUCAAUUUCUUUAACGUUACAGAGCACGAAAUUCCUCUUCAAUCUCUGUGUUUUUUUUUUCUAUAUUUUGUCUCCACCAUAUUCGCAUUUUCUCUCCAUUCUCCAUAUUUUUUUGUAAAACCGGUGUUCUCCUUCUUUAUAUUCAUACCUGUCCUUAACGCAUGCGUGGGAGUUCUCUUCUUUUGGCAAAUCAUCAUCAUUGUUCCUUUCAAUUUCUUUAACGUUAAUUUCCGCACGAAAUUCCUCUUCAUUUUUUUUUUCUAUAUUUUGUCUCCACCAUAUUCGCAUUUUCUCUCCAUUCUCCAUAUUUUUGUAAAACCGUUCCCAAUUGACCUGAGCAAGUCCGUGACCAAAAUGCGAUGUCUUCCUCAAUCUCUGUGUUUACCUGUUCUAUUUCUUUAUUUUCUCUCUUCAUUCUUCUUUAUAUUCAUACCUGUCCUUAACGCAUGCGUGGGAGUUCUCUUCAAUCAUCAUCAUUGUUCCCUUUCAAUUUCUUUAACCUCCUUCUUUAUAUUCAUACCUGUCCUUAACGCAUGCGUGGGAGUUCUCUUCUUUUGGCACAUCAUCAUCAUUGUUCCUUUCAAUUUCUUUUUAACGUUAAUUCCUGCACGAAAUUCCUCUUCAAUUUUUUUUUCUAUAUUUUGUCUCCACCAUAUUCGCAUUUUCUCUCCAUUCUCCAUAUUUUUUGUAAAACCGUUCCCAAUAUUACAAGAUCCCCAAACAACUGACCUGAGCAAGUCCGUGACCAAAAAUGCGAUGUCUUCCUACACAGCAAUCUCUGUGUUUACCUGUUCUAUUUCUUUAUUUUCUGUAACUUCACCAGCUCCUUCUUUAUAUUCAUACCUGUCCUUAACGCAUGCGUGGGAGUUCUCUUCUUUUGGCACAUCAUCAUCAUUGUUCCCUUUCAAUUUCUUUAACGUUAAUUCCCGCACGAAAUUCCUCUUCAAUUUUUUUUCUAUAUUUUGUCUCCACCAUAUUCGCAUUUUCUCUCCAUUCUCCAUAUUUUUCUCCUUCUUUAUAUUCAUACCUGUCCUUAACGCAUGCGUGGAGUUCUCUUCUUUUGGCACAUCAUCAUCAUUGUUCCUUUCAAUUUUCUUUAACGUUAAUUCCUGCAAGAAAUUCCUCUUCAAUCAUCAUCAUUUUUUUUUUCUAUAUUUUGUCUCCACCAUAUUCGCAUUUUCUCUCCAUUCUCCAUAUUUUUGUAAAACCGCUCCUUCUUUAUAUUUUGUAAAACCAUGCAAGUUCUCUUCUUUUGCACAUCAUCAUCCUUCCCUUUUCAAUUUCUUUUUAAUUCCCGUCCUCUUUUUUUUUUUUCUAUAUUUUUCUCCACCAACCAUUUUCUUCAUCUCUGAUUUUUAUCCCCAAACAACUGACCUGAGCAAGUCCGUGACCAAAAAUGCGAUGUCUUCAUACACAGCAAUCUCUGUGUUUACCUGUUCUAUUUCUUUAUUUUCUGUAACUUCACCAGCUCCUUCUUUAUAUUCAUACCUGUCCUUAACGCAUGCGUGGGAGUUCUCUUCUUUUGGCACAUCAUCAUCAUUGUUCCCUUUCAAUUUCUUUAACGUUAAUUCCCGCACGAAAUUCCUCUUCAAUUUUUUUUCUAUAUUUUGUCUCCACCAUAUUCGCAUUUUCUCUCCAUUCUCCAUAUUUUUCUCCUUCUUUAUAUUCAUACCUGUCCUUAACGCAUGCGUGGGAGUUUCUUCUUUUGGCACAUCAUCAUCAUUGUUCCCUUUCAAUUUCUUUAACGUUAAUUCCCGCACGAAAUUCCUCUUCAAUUUUUUUUUUCUAUAUUUUGUCUCCACCAUAUUCGCAUUUUCUCUCCAUUCUCCAUAUUUUUGUAAAACCGCUCCUUCUUUAUAUUCAUACCUGUCCUUAACGCAUGCGUGGGAGUUCUCUUCUUUUGGCACAUCAUCAUCAUUGUUCCCUUUCAAUUUCUUUAACGUUAAUUCCCGCACGAAAUUCCUCUUCAAUUUUUUUUCUAUAUUUUGUCUCCACCAUAUUCGCAUUUUCUCUCCAUUCUCCAUAUUUUUCUCCUUCUUUAUAUUCAUACCUGUCCUUAACGCAUGCGUGGGAGUUCUCUUCUUUUGGCACAUCAUCAUCAUUGUUCCCUUUCAAUUUAGUAUUUUAACGUUAAUUCCCGCACGAAAUUCCUCUUCUUUUUUUUUUCUAUAUUUUGUCUCCACCAUAUUCGCAUUUUCUCUCCAUUCUCCAUAUUUUUGUAAAACCGGUGUUGUAGUAUUACCCUCCUCCUUCUUUAUAUUCAUACCUGUCCUUAACGCAUGCGUGGGAGUUCUCUUCUUUUGGCACAUCAUCAUCAUUGUUCCUUUCAAUUUCUUUUUUAACGUUAAUUCCCCACGAAAUUCCUCUUCAAUUUUUUUUUUUUCUAUAUUUUGUCUCCACCAUAUUCGCAUUUUCUCUCCAUUCUCCAUAUUUUUCUCCUUCUUUAUAUUCAUACCUGUCCUUAACGCAUGCGUGGGAGUUCUCUUCUUUUGGCACAUCAUCAUCAUUGUUCCUUUCAAUUUCUUUAACGUUAAUUCCCGCACGAAAUUCCUCUUCAAUUUUUUUUUUUCUAUAUUUUGUCUCCACCAUAUUCGCAUUUUCUCUCCAUUCUCCAUAUUUUUCUCCUUCUUUAUAUUCAUACCUGUCCUUAACGCAUGCGUGGGAGUUCUCUUCUUUUGGAACAUCAUCAUCAUUGUCACCUUCAAUUUCUUUAACGUUAAUUCCCGCACGAAAUUCCUCUUCAAUUUUUUUUCUAUAUUUUGUCUCCACCAUAUUCGCAUUUUCUCUCCAUUCUCCAUAUUUUUCUCCUUCUUUAUAUUCAUACCUGUCCUUAACGCAUGCGUGGGAGUUCUCUUCUUUUGGCACAUCAUCAUCAUUGUCACCUUCAAUUUCUUUAACGUUAAUUCCCGCACGAAAUUCCUCUUCAAUUUUUUUUCUAUAUUUUGUCUCCACCAUAUUCGCAUUUUCUCUCCAUUCUCCAUAUUUUUCUCCUUCUUUAUAUUCAUACCUGUCCUUAACGCAUGCGUGGGAGUUCUCUUCUUUUGGCACAUCAUCAUCAUCAUUGUUCCUUUCAAUUUCUUUAACGUUAAUUACACGAAAUUCCUCUUCAAUUUUUUUUUCUAUAUUUUGUCUCCACCAAAUUUUCUCUCCAUUCUCCAUAUUUUUGUAAAACCGGUGUUUUUUACCUCGUAUUAUUUUUUCUACAUUCGAGCAACCACUCCUUCUUUAUAUUCAUCCUGUCCAACGCAUCCUAAAUUCAGUUCUCUUCUUUUGGCACAUCAUCAUCAUUGUUCCCUUUCAAUUUCUUUAACGUUAAUUCCCGCACGAAAUUCUUCUUCAAUUUUUUUUCUAUAUUUUGUCUCCACCAUAUUCGCAUUUUCUCUCCAUUCUCCAUAUUUUUCUCCUUCUUUAUAUUCAUACCUGUCCUUAACGCAUGCGUGGGAGUUUCUUCCCAUCAUCAUCAUUCAUUUCCUUUCAAUUUCUUUUUUUAACCUCCUUCUUUAUAUUCAUCUGUCCUUAACGCAUGCGUGGGAGUUCUCUUCUUUUGGCACAUCAUCAUCAUUGUUCCCUUUCAAUUUCUUUAACGUUAAUUCCCGCACGAAAUUCCUCUUCAAUUUUUUUUCUAUAUUUUGUCUCCACCAUAUUCGCAUUUUCUCUCCAUUCUCCAUAUUUUUUAAAACUGAUCCCCAAACAACUGACCUGAGCAAGUCCGUGACCAAAAAUGCGAUGUCUUCCUACACAGCAAUCUCUGUGUUUACCUGUUCUAUUUCUUUAUUUUCUGUAACUUCACCAGCUCCUUCUUUAUAUUCAUACCUGUCCUUAACGCAUGCGUGGGAGUUCUCUUCUUUUGGAACAUCAUCAUCAUUGUCACCUUCAAUUUCUUUAACCUCCUUCUUUAUAUUCAUACCUGUCCUUAACGCAUGCGUGGGAGUUUCUUCUUUUGGCACAUCAUCAUCAUUGUUCCUUUCAAUUUCUUUAACGUUAAUUCCCGCACGAAAUUCUCUUCAAUUUUUUUUUCUAUAUUUUGUCUCCACCAUAUUCGCAUUUUCUCUCCAUUCUCCAUAUUUUUGUAAAACCGGUGUUGUAGUAUUACCCUCGUAUUAUUUUUCACCCGGUCUCACAUUCGGAGCAACCUAUCCCCAAACCAGUCCUUCCAAAUAUUCGACCUCUUCCUACAACGCAUGUGUUUACCUGUUCUCUUCUUUAUUUUCUGCACAUCAUCAUCAUUGUUGUCCUUUCAAUUUCUUUUCACAACAUCAUUUAAUUCAAUUUCUUUUUUUAACGUUAAUUCCCCUCUUCAAUUUUUUUUCUAUAUUUUGUCUCCACCAUAUUCGCAUUUUCUCUCCAUUCUCCAAAUUUUGUAAAACCGGUGUUGUAGUAUUACCCUCCUCCUUCUUUAUAUUCAUACCUGUCCUUAACGCAUGCGUGGGAGUUCUCUUCUUUUGGCACAUCAUCAUCAUUGUUCCCUUUCAAGAUUUCUUUAACGUUAAUUCCCGCACGAAAUUCCUCUUCAAUUUUUUUUUUCUAUAUUUUGUCUCCACCAUAUUCGCAUUUUCUCUCCAUUCUCCAUAUUUUUGUAAAACCGGUGUUGUAGUAUUACCCUCGUAUUAUUUUUACCCGGUCUCACAGAGCAACCUCUCCUUCUUUAUAUUCAUACCUGUCCUUAACGCAUGCGUGGGAGUUCUCUUCUUUUUGGCACAUCAUCAUCAUUGUUCCCUUUCAAUUUCUUUAACGUUAAUUCCGCACGAAAUUCCUCUUCAAUUUUUUUUUUCUAUAUUUUGUCUCCACCAUAUUCGCAUUUUCUCUCCAUUCUCCAUAUUUUUUUACUUUUCCUACUUCCUCUCUUUCUUUUCCUCCUCCCCCCUUUCUCUCUCUCUCUCUUUCUUCUUCUUCUUCUUCUUCUUCUUCGCUUUUUCGUUUUUUACAUUGUCCUUCUCAUCAUCUUUUUUUUUUCCUUUUCCGCAGCCUUUUCAUCUCUCUUCUUCACUUUCACCUUCUUCCUAUAAUUUUUUUUAUUUCCCAUUCUUCUUCUUCUUCUUCUUCUUCUUCUUCUUCUUCUUCUUCCACACUCUCUCUCUCUCUCUCUUUCUCUCUCUCUCUAUUUUAUUCAUUACGAAAUCCUUCUUAGAUUUUCCAUUCUUCUGUUGCUUCUUCUUCUUCUUUUCUCUCUCUCUCUCUCUCUCUCUCUCUCUCUCUCUCUCUCUUUAUUCUUAUUUAUUACGGAAAUCCUUCUUAGCUUUCUUCUUCUUCUUCUUCUUCUUCUUCGUUUUCUCCCCCCUCUCUCUCUCUCUUUCUCUCUCUCUGUCUCUGUUUUUCUUAUUCAUUACGGAAUCCUUCUUAGCCUUCCCAUUCUUCUUCUCCUUCUUCUUUUCAUUCUUUUCCUCCUCCUUCUUCUUCUUCUUCUUCUUCAACUCCUACUUCUUUCCCUCUUUUCUCUCCCCCUGGUUCUUUUUGUCUCUCUUUUCUUCUUCUUCUUCUUCUUCUUCUUCUUCUUCUUCUUCUUCUUCUUCUUCUUCUUCUUCUUUCCCUCUUUUCUCUCUCCCUGGUUCUUUUUGUCUCUCUUUUCUUCUUCUUCUUCUUCUCCUACUUCUUUCCCUCUUUUCUCUCCCCUGGUUCUUUUUUGUCUCUCUUUUCUUCUUCUUCUUCUUCUUCUUCUUCUUCUUCUUCUUCUUCUUCUUCUUUCCUCUUUUCUCUCUCCUGGUUCUUUUUUGUCUCUUUUCUUCUUCUUCUUCUUCUCCCUACUUCUUUCCCUCUUUUCUCUCCCUGGUUCUUUUUGUCUCUCUUUUCUUCUUCUUCUUCUUCUUCUUCUUCUUCUUCUUCUUCUUUCCCUCUUUUCUCUCUCCCUGGUUCUUUUUGUCUCUCUUUUCUUCUUCUUCUUCUUCUCCUACUUCUUUCCCUCUUUUCUCUCUCCCUGGUUCUUUUUGUCUCUCUUUUCUUCUACUUCUUCUUCUUCUUCUUCUUCUUCUUCUUCUUCUUCUUUCCCUCUUUUCUCUCUCCCUGGUUCUUUUUGUCUCUCUUUUCUUCUUCUUCUUCUUCUUCAACUCCUACUUCUUUCCCUCUUUUCUCUCCCCCUGGUUCUUUUUGUCUCUCUUUUCUUCUUCUUCUUCUUCUUCUUCUUCUUCUUCUUCUUCUUCUUCUUCUUCUUUCCCUCUUUUCUCUCUCCCUGGUUCUUUUUGUCUCUCUUUUCUUCUUCUUCUUCUUCUUCUUCUCCUACUUCUUUUUCCCUCUUUUUCUCUCUCCCUGGUUCUUUUUGUCUCUCUUUCUUCUUCUUCUUCUUCUUCUUCUUCUUCUUCUUCUUCUUCUUCUUCUUCUUCUUCACGCCUUGUCUUCCCUCUACCUUUUUCUCUUUCUUCAAAUGUUACUCCUCCUUCCUUAUCUUUUUUCUUUUCUUUCCUCUUUUUCUUCCUCCUUUCCUUCAUUCCUCUCUCUCUCACUUCAUCUCUACAUUCCUUCCUUACCACAUUCUCACUUCCUUCUUUCUUUUCUUCUACUUUCCUUGUUCCUUUACUGACUUCCUUCCUCCAUUCCUUACUUACUUCCUUCCUUCCUCCAUUCUUUCCUUCCUUCCAUUCGCAUUCUUCAUCUUUCCUUUCCUCCCCUUGUCAUUCUUCCGUUUUUGUCUCUUUCCUUUUUCCUCCCUUUCUCACUUGUUUCUUUCCUUCCUUCCUUCCUUCCUUUCUUCCUUCCUUUCUUUUCUUCCCUCCCUUCCUUACACCCUUCCUUUCCUUUCUUUCUUGCUUUGUCACUUCCUUCAUUCUUUCCUCACUUCUUUCCCUCCCUUCUUUCCACUCUUCUUUCUUUCUUCCUUCCUUCCUUCCUUGUUCGCUUUCUCCCUUCAACCCUUUCCCCUUCUUUCUUUCCUUCUUUCCUCCCCCUUCCUUCCUUCCUCCCUUUAUCGCUUCCUUCACUCCUUCUUCCUUCCUUCUUUACUCCUUUCUUUUCUUCUCUUCCUACGCUUUUCCUUCCCCCUUUCCUCCCCCUCCCUUCCCUCCCUCCUUUACUUCGUUCCCGUUCUUUUUUUUUCCUUCUUUUCAUAUUUUGUUUUGA